UGUGCCCCACCUUGUCUCGGUCACAUGACGCGAACCCACGAAGAUGGUGGAAGUUUCUUCUUCCUCGAAGUGAAACUACGACCGAAACACAAACAUCCUGCGGAGUGAGGGCCGAGAGGACGCUGUCGCGGCACCAGUUUAGUCUUUCCUUUCCCCUUUGAAACCUGGCCUUCAUCCCAGCCCUAUGUCAUGGACAGUGGAGUCACCAAGUCGGGCACUUCUAAUGGUUACCCUAUGAAAGCACAGCUGCAAAUCACUGUGUUAUCAGCAAAACUGAAAGAAAACAAGAAAAACUGGUUUGGGCCCAGUCCUUAUGUGGAGGUGACAGUCGAUGGCCAGUCCAAGAAAACAGAGAAAUGCAAUAACACCCACAGCCCCAAAUGGAAGCAGCCUCUCACUGUGAUUGUGACUCCAUUCAGCAAACUGGUGUUUCGUGUGUGGAGCCACCAGACCCUGAAGUCAGACGUGUUGCUAGGUAUCACCACGCUGGACAUCAGUGACACGCUCAAGUCCAACGACAUGAAAAAUUUUGUCUCUGCAGUCUCUGAGGUGGUGCAGACCAUACAGCUAUGUGCAGACAGAGACGAGUCAGAUGUGGUGGGAGACCUUUCUGUCUGCCUCGAUGGCAUGACCGUCGACCCCGAGAUGUUUGCGUCAGCCGAAGCCAACCAUCACAGUACAUCAAAUGGGGAAUCACAACCUAAUGGGGAUCAUGUCAUAAGGCGAAGUCGUGACAACUCUCCAGCUGUGGACAGUAUAGAGCACAGGUCUUCUCCCAGUGGCCGGAGAACAGCAAACAGUACAGGGUCUCCUUCAGUGUCGUCAGGCAGUGUGAGGCCUCUUCGUCCACCCCGGCCCUCCAGACCUCCUCCCCCAACCCCCCGCAGACCCACCUCUUCACCAGCAUCUUCCAGCAAUGGCUCUGCUCCAGCAGAUGGCAGUGACAUUCAGUCAGGUUCUGAUACGCCGGUGCGAACACCAGCCACAGCACCUCAACCGACCCCAGACACAAGUCCAUCCUCGGGUUCGGACAGGAACCCCACAUCAGCUUCCAGCUGUGGGGCUGCAGCAACCAGACAGCCAACCAGCAGCACCACUUCUGUUGUCACUCCCAGAGUGCCUGUAGUCAACCCCGGACCCUUGCCCCCUGGAUGGGAGCAACGGGUGGACCCCAACGGCAGAGUGUAUUUUGUUGAUCAUGUGGAGAAGAGAACAUCAUGGGAGCGUCCUGAACCUCUGCCCCCUGGCUGGGAGCGCCGCGUUGACCAGAUGGGGCGAGUCUACUUUGUUGAUCACAUCACGCGAACCACCACAUGGCAGCGCCCCACCAUGGAGACAGUGCGGAACUAUGAGCAAUGGCAGCACCAGCGCAGCCAACUGCAGGGCGCCAUGCAGCAGUUCAACCAGAGGUUCAUAAUCGGGGCACAAGACCAGGCCCCAGCCACUCAGAAUAAGGAAUUUGAUCCUCUUGGACCUCUGCCACAUGGAUGGGAGAAGAGAACUGACUCCAAUGGCAGAGUUUAUUUUGUACAUCACCCGACGCGGUCAACACAGUGGGAGGACCCACGAACACAGGGAUUGCUCAAUGAGAAGCCUCUUCCAGAAGGCUGGGAGAUGAGGUUCACUGUAGAUGGUAUUCCUUACUUUGUGGACCACAACAGGAGAACCACCACUUACAUCGACCCUCGCACUGGAAAAUCAUCACUUGAAAAUGGACCCCAGAUCACCUAUGUUCGAGACUUCAAAGCCAAAGUACAGUACUUCAGAUUCUGGUGCCAGCAACUGUCAUUGCCUCAACACAUCAAGAUCACAGUGUCUAGAAAAACCUUGUUUGAGGACUCCUUCCAGCAGAUAAUGAGCUUCAAUGCUCAAGACCUUCGAAGAAGGCUGUGGAUCAUCUUCCCUGGAGAAGAAGGUCUGGAUUAUGGAGGUGUUGCCCGGGAGUGGUUCUUCCUGUUGUCCCAUGAGGUUUUAAACCCAAUGUAUUGCCUGUUUGAAUAUGCCGGUAAAGAUAACUACUGUCUUCAAAUCAACCCUGCUUCCUACAUCAACCCUGACCACCUCAAGUAUUUCAAGUUCAUCGGACGCUUCAUUGCAAUGGCUCUUUUCCAUGGCAAGUUCAUCGACACUGGUUUCUCUCUGCCAUUUUACAAGCGGAUCCUCAACAAGCCGCUGGCCCUCAAAGAUCUGGAGUCAAUCGAUCCAGAGUUCUACAACUCCCUCAUGUGGAUCAAGGAUAACGACAUUGAGGAGUGUUGUCUGGAGAUGUUCUUCUCUGUUGACAAGGAGAUUCUGGGUGAAAUCACCACCCAUGAGCUGAAAGAAGGAGGAGGAGACAUCCAAGUCACAGAGGAGAAUAAGGAGGAGUACAUCAGGCUAGUUGCAGAGUGGCGACUGUCCAGAGGAGUGGAAGAGCAGACGCAGGCUUUCUUUGAAGGCUUCAAUGAGGUCCUCCCUCAGCAGUACCUGCAGUACUUUGAUGCUAAAGAGCUGGAGGUGAUGCUGUGUGGUAUGCAGGAGAUUGACCUUUCAGACUGGCAAAGGAACACCAUAUACAGACACUAUGCACGCAGCAGCAAACAGAUCCUCUGGUUCUGGCAGUUCAUAAAGGAGAUGGACAAUGAGAAGAGGAUGAGGCUGCUGCAGUUUGUGACUGGCACCUGUCGUCUGCCCGUAGGAGGCUUUGCUGACCUCAUGGGAAGCAAUGGUCCCCAAAAGUUCUGCAUUGAGAAAGUGGGAAAAGAAAACUGGCUUCCAAGAAGUCACACGUGCUUCAACAGACUGGACUUGCCUCCCUACAAGAGCUACGAGCAGCUGAAAGAGAAGCUGAUGUUUGCCAUCGAGGAGACGGAAGGCUUUGGACAGGAGUGAAACCAGAAAUUUUAAAUACUGGGUGCUCAAUUCUGAAGGAAUUAAAAAACAAA